UCUCCCUCUCUCAACUCGAAUCGAAUCGAUUUUCUCUAAAUACUGUAUUUCGCUUCUCUGAAUCUUUUUCUUCGCUAAAAUUUGAUACAACCAUAUUGAGAAUAUGAUCAAAUCCGCCAUGGACCUCGGUUGCUUGGAUUUGGGAUGUCUUUCAGUCUCUGAAAAGAAAAACGGCGUUGGAGUUUCCGAUCCUUUUAAAGUCUCUUCCUCCGAUUCGAAAUCUGGGCAGAAUAAAUCACCAAGAGAGACAUCGGCUCUCAGAAAAUCACAAUCACCAAGAGAGACAUCGGCUCUUAGAAAAUCACAGUCAAAGAGGUCCUCUCAGCGUAAAACCUCGCCUCUUGGCUGGUUCCCUCGCAGAAAGGGGGAUUCAUAUUUGAAUAGGAAGAUAAAGAAGCUACAGGAGGUUGGUGGAAUGAAUCAGACUCUUGAUGAGACGCUAGGCGACUCAAAUCCACACUACUGCAAAAUCGUAAGAGAACAAAUGGCUGUGAGAGAGGCUGCAGGUAAGGCCAUGGAGCUCCGCAAGGCUGCUCUGGUUGAAGCAUCCUGGUGUAGGAUACUUCGAGCUGCAAGGAUCCCGAGUUUAGAUGCAGAAACUUUGUUGGAGAAUGCAGAAAAAGCUGCAGUGGAAGCUUUUGAAGCGGCGUCUGCUUUGGGAGUGAUAAUGCAUGAUAAACCAAAUAGCUCAAGGAAGCAAUAUCGAAUUAAAACAUCAGGAACACAUGGAGGGGGUUCUCCUACUCAUACCGUUUCAGCGUCUUUUGAAACUGCGUUUGAUGUUGAUAAAGAAGUAGCAGCUGCUGUUAAAACUGCAUUUGCUAAGCUUGCAAAUUGUCCCGCUCUCAGUAAAGCAGAGAUUAAAGAUCUUCUCAGGAAAAUCAGUGAGAAUCCUGAUGUGCGUGAUACUCAUGAAAUCACUGAGAUGUCUUCAGAAUGGGAAACAGAGUCUGACUCUGAACUCAGCAUUCUACACAAGGUUGAUGAAGAAGUGGCUGAAUGUGAGGAGUCAUCUUUCAAAACAAGACAGCGAAAAGACAAGAGGCGGCAGUCGUUUGGGAAGUUUAGCAGGGAGAAACUAGUAGAUAUGAUGCUUGAAAGGCUUCAGGGCUUACAAGAAGAUCAACUUUCAAGUCUUGCCUCAAUAGUUGCCACUUGUGGUUUAAGUGAGGCCUUGGCUGAAGCUGGACACCAGAGGCUGCAGACCACAAAUAUCGAUCCAACUGUGUCAGAUCAUGGGAAUUCUUCUUCAAUGUAUACAAGAUCGAGAAGAGAUUCUAAGUUUGGGUCAUUAAUGGAAGGAAAAACAACAACGGAUGGUAAAGAGACAGAGAUUCCGAGUUUGGACAAGUAUCUAGUCAAGCACAUGACCAAACUUGAAAGAGAAGUCUCUGAAGCCAAAAGGGCUUCAAAGGACGUAUCUGACAAAGCCAGAAAGGUUCCUCAAGGUGUUGCCAGUGAUACUGUUUCAGAUCUGGGAAGCAUCCUUGUGAAACAUUCUUCUAGGCUUGAGAAAGAGAUUGAAGAAGCCAAGAAGAACGCAGGAGUGAAUCCUUUGACGUACCAGAAGAACUCAAGCAGAAACAAAACGCCAUUGGAUCCAAUCCCGGACUUGGAAAGUUUACUAGUGAGAAAGCAUGUUUCAAGAUUGGAGAAGGAUGUUGAAGAAACUAAAAGGAACUGCGGAAACAUGUAUGAGAAAGUGAAGAAACCGGAAAAACAAGAUACUGGAGCAGCUAGUGUGCCUGAGGUUCCCAGCCUAGCUAGUUGUAUGGUAAAACAUGUCUCCAAGCUAGAGAAAGAAGUCCAAGAAGCAAAGGAGAAAAACAAAGAAGAUCUUGAUGCUAGAAAAAUUAAAACAGUUGACAAAAGUUCAUGUUUGUUGACAGAAGAACAGGAAAAAGAAAAUAUUGACUUGAACAAGAAAGCUGAAGGUCAAGAAGAAAGCCUAGACAAGAUCUCGGUUCACAGAUUGGAAAGAGAAACAAUUGCGUCAGAGGCAGUUUAUGGAAAUCGGAGGAUCCCACAGAGAAAUCAGGCAGCAAAAAGCGAGUCUGAUUAUGAGAGUUUGGAUAAAAUUCUGGUGAAACAUGUUCCAAAGCUAGAGAAGGAGAAGCUGAGGUUUAAAGCAGAUAGCAUAGUGACCGAAGCUGAAGUAGAAGAGAAGGAGAAUUCAAGGACCAACGAUGAGGAGGUGAGCUUGAACCAAGCUGUGGAAAAUCACAACCAGGAACCGGAAAGUAUGAAGCUGGCAAAACCGACUCUGACCAGACGACAAUUGAAGGAUAGAGAAAUAGAAGAAACUUGGGGUGGUAUAGGCCUUGGGGAGUUGAAGAACAAUAACCAAAAGAGACCUGAAAGCAAAAAAUCAGAAGCUACUGAGAAUUUGGGAGAAGAGAAAAGACCGGUUCUAACCAGACGACAAGCGAGGGACAAAGAAAUGCUAGAAGCUUGGGGUGGUUUAGGACUUGGUGACUCAAGCUUGUACCAAACAGUUAACAAGCUUAAAAGGAAACCUGAAAGCGACAAGAUAGAGACAGCAACACCAUUGUUAACCAGAAGACAAGCAAGGGACAGAGAAUUGCAAGAAGCUUGGGGUGGUAUUGACCUUGGGAACGCUAUUCGCCCGACUCUGUCAAAACUUGAAAGAGAAAAGGCUGCGUGGAUUAAGGCCGAGGAAGAGGAAAGGACACGAGGAAACUAAUGGCAUUCAACUUAAUGGAGCAGAACAUUAGCAUAGAUAUUUGAUAAUAAGAUGGACAAAUUUAGAACCAUGGGAAGGAAAAGUCGUUUUCCAUUGUUCAGAUGGAUCAUAAGGAUCUAACUAGUUUCAAGAAAUAUUUUGUAAAUUUUCCAACUGGUAGCCGUUUGUGGUGAAU